GUUAGUUUAAGUGGUUUAAAAAGGUGGCAUGAGCUAGUUUUGAUGACUUUGCUUGAUGUGAUGUAAAUGAUGAUGUCUUCACUCACCUAAAUCUUUAACAGGACAACUGGCCAAGCGUUCCUCUCAGGCACAAGUCUCUUGCCUAAGUAGUCUGACCCAAGGGAAAGGGGUCAGUGUGAAAUAAUAGGAUUUUUAUCUCCAAUGCCCCUGCUUCCUUUGAAGAGAAGGCUGUCUGUAGGACAGAUUGGAUCAUAGAUGCAUGGGCGUGGAUUCACAACGUUUUUGUCCUCCUCCCUUGUCUGUCUUGCCUUUUUUUAGAGAGAGGAGAAGCAGUUGGAGCUGACCCUGGAGGCACUCAUCAGUCAGGUGGCCGACCUGAAGAACUCCUUGGCCUUCAGUUCUGGACAGCUUUGCACUGCUCUCAGGACAGCUGAACACCUUGAAUAAAGUGCUAAAGCAUGAGAAGACCCCGCUGCUGCGAAACCAGGUGAUCAUCCCCCUCGUGCUGUCUCCAGACCGCGAUGAGGAGAUCAUGCGGCAGACAGAGGGGCGUGUGCCGGUGUUCAGCCAUGAAGUCGUGCCCGACCAUCUUCGAACUAAGCCCGACCCUGAGGUGGAGGAGCAGGAGAAGCAGCUGAUCACAGAUGCAGCUCGAAUUAGCCCUGAUGCAGCACAGAAACAGAUCCAAAGUCUGAACAAAAUGUGCUCAAAUUUGCUGGAGAAAAUCAGUAAGGAGGAGCGUGAAUCUGAAAGUGGAGGUUUAAGACAGAACAAGCAGACCUUCAACCCUGCAGAUACCAAUGCACUGGUAGCAGCUGUGGCCUUUGGGAAAGGGCUGUCAAACCGGAGACCCCCAGGCUCUGGGGCGUCUGUCCAGUCGGGCCAGCCAGGAGCUGGUGCCAUCAUUGCAGGUGCUUCAGGCAUGCAGCAGGUCCCAAUGACAGGUGCACCAGCUCAGCAGCAGCCAAUGCUGGCAGGAGUGCAGAUGGCACCAGCAGGACAGCCAGGAAAAAUGCCGAGUGGCAUAAAAACAAAUAUAAAAUCUGCCUCAAUGCAUCCGUAUCAGAGAUGAGCUGAGGUGAACCAGACCUGGGGAAGAGCAACAUUUGUUACUGCUGCAGGCACCCCACCUGGAUUCCUUCUAGGACUUCCAAGUCCCUUCACAUAUCCACACACCAUAUCUGGGAAGACAGGGUUUAUGAGGCCUUUCCCUGGAUUUUAUUUAGUGCUGGGUGGCUUCUGUGGAGCUGCUGCUGGCCAUGUCUCCUGGACACAAGUACUUCUCUGCUCAGCCAGAGCAGGGGACUUUGCUUCUGGUAUUGAUGUCAUCUUUUCCAGGUCUGGCCUGGAGGAUAACUACACUCUCCUGAUAGAGAGCCUGAAGAGCUGCAUAGAGCUCUUUGUUUCUGCUUGUUCACUUGGUAUGUUCUUUCUUUACUCCAUCUUGUUUAAUAAAGACCUUGUUAUGUUCA